AUGCCCUUGAACUAUAAAAAAAUUUGCAUCGCUCAGUACGACUAUUCGGCCCAGGACAUUGAAGAGAUCUCUUUUAAGGAAGACGAUGUACUCUACAUUCUGGAAAACGACGACGAUGAAUGGUGGAAAGCUAAACUAAAAAUUGCGAAAGAGGAAGACGAGGAAGGUCCAGUCGGGGUUGUGCCAAGUAAUUAUAUAAAGGAGGCUGAAUAUUCUGCGGUGCUCAAGGCUAUAUAUGACUAUAACGCACAGUCGGAUGAAGAGCUAACGUUCAAGGAAGACGACGUAUUAUACCUAUACGAUAAGGAUGAUCCCGAUUGGUAUUUGGUUAAACAUAAUGAUGUUUUUGGUUUUGUGCCAGCUCCUUAUGUUGAAGAGGUCUCCAGUGAUGAAGAUGAAAGCCAAUCGAACAAACAACAGAAAUCUUUAUUUGACGCCAUAUCGGUAGCUUACUUCUUCUCAAUUUCCUUAGGUCUUAAGAGCGCGUCGGAACCGAAUGGUGCAUAUGUGGAUCCGUUGCAAGCGUAUGCUCGCAAAGUUGCUCACCAAAAAACAGGAGGAUCGUUUGAAGUAAAGACAUGGUCAGUUGCGGAAUAUUCCGCCGGCGACAAGAAAAAAAAGAAGAAGAAAGGUACCUUGAGUAUAGGUGGCGAUAAAGUUUAUUAUGCCAGUGAAUCGGACAAGACGCCAGUUCAACAAUGGAGCAUCAGCGAUUUGUCGGAUAUCAAGCACGAAAAGAAACGUGUCUUGAUCUCGUUUGGUGGCGAAAAAGCGGCCAAGUUCGAUUUUCAUACAAGUAAAGGUGACGCGGAGGCUAUCUACAAUAAAGUACAGGAAAGCAUGGCUAGCCUGGAAUUGCCAACGGUUAAGUUGGAAACGCCUUCACGACCUUCAUCUCACCAAAUGCACGAGGAGGAUGAGGUUCCGUAUGAGGAGACGCAGGAAGAGGAACAGGAGCCUGAUGUUGAGGACGAGACAGAGGAGAUCAAUGAAGAUGAUUUACCACCACCCAAAUCCGGUGUUGCCUUGUAUUAUUUUAAAGCCCAAGGAGAAGAUGAGAUAACAAUUUACGAGGGGGAUAGAUUAUGGGUUAUAGACGACGUUAGUAGCCAAGAUUGGUGGAAAAUCCGUAAAGGUGACGAGGAAGGUGUUGUACCCUCCACUUACGUUAAAAUAGGUGAGGAGAAUACAGAAGUCGCUGACGAUUCAGCAGAACUGAGUUCAAAACUUGAAGAGCAACGGCGGUCUAAACUGGAAGAAGAGAGGCAAAGAAAAGAAGAGGAGAGACUAAGGAGGGAAGAGGAAAGAUUAAGGAAGGAGGAGGAAAGAUUAAGAAAGGAAGAAGAGAAAUUAAGGAAGGAAGAAGAACGUCGCAAACGUGAAGAAAAUGAGCGGAAACGGCGAGAUGAAGAAAGACGUCUGCAGGAAGAGAAAAAGCAAAAACAAGUAUCCCUGGCACCAACACCGCCGGCUUUGCCAAAUCGAACCGGCGCUUUCAAGGUCGAAGCGCAAUUUCUUCAAUACAUUGACGGCAAAGUUCAUCUUCACAAAAUUAAUGGUGUUAAGAUUGCAGUGCCCGUUGAGAGAAUGAGCAAGAAAGAUCUUGCAUAUCUAGAGGAGGUUACAGGAGAAAAGUUUGACGAUAAAACCGAUGAUAUCCCUUUGGCUGCUAUUGCUGCUGCACAUAAAGGAAAAGCAACCUUAACAAACAGUCGCAAGGCGGACUAUGAUUGGUACGACUUCUUUCUCAAGGCCGACAUUGCACAUCAGGAUGCUUUUGAAUAUGCUAAAUCGUUCAUCGAAGAAAAGUUGGACGAAAGCACAAUUCCAGACCUCGAUGAUGAAUUGAUGAAAGGGUUAGGUGUGCGAGUUGGAGACAUAAUUCGAAUAAAAAGAUACAUUUCCGAAAAGUAUAACCCUCCGAAAAAGAGAAACGUAAGUUUUGGUACCACCAGUAUUAUUCCUGAUAAGGAAACUGAAGAGAACGAUCAUGCUUACGCCGUGAAGAUUCAGAAUGAAGAGAUUCAUCGUAGGAUGCAAGAGAAACGUGAUGAACAGAUUGCCAGGGAACUUCAAGAGGAAGAAAACCGGAAAGCACGCAGCGAAGGAAGAACAAUACCAAAGGCUGCUGAUCUAUAUAGUAAUUUGGAUUCGAUUAUUCAAAAAGAUGACAAGAAAACUCCUCCGAAAAAUGCGUCUUCAUUAUUUUCUGAGGACAAUGGAGUAUUAAAAAAUAACACGAAAAAAACACGUCCAUCACCUUCAAAGACGGCACCAAUUCAAAUUGACUCGAGUAACCUGAUGAUAUCAAAAGAGAAACUUGACGAUGCAUUUAAACCGUCAACUUCGUCAACCAAACCUACUACAGACAAAUUUGAAGAUGACGCAUGGGUUACCUCCUCCGAUUCGACUCCCGUGCUGAAUUCGCAAGUCGUAAAAAGUAACCCACCAGCUCUACCACAAUCUCGUCAACUUCCAGUCGCCCCUAGUAUGAAUAAUAAUAGGUUUGACGCAAACUUUAAUCAAAAUCAACUACCACCGUUGAAUCCUUUGCAACUACAACAAAAUACUCCUCAGACUUCGGUAUUCGACCCUAAAGUUGUUUUUGCUUCGAUGAAAUCCGGACAAAUUGGACCUAAUAUUCCUCCGAAAAAUAUGAGCGGAAUUAAUGAUGACAAGUAUUCCGCAUUUAAACAAGUGGACCCCAAAGGUCCGAGUGUUUUCGAUAAUCCGACACCUAAUCAACUGAGUGGAUAUAACGUUGGUUCAAACCCCGGUGGGCUUAAUACGUCAUGGAAUCAAACUGGUACAGGUGGUUAUACCGCCCUGGUAUACUAUCUAACCCUGGUUAUGGCCCAAGUAUACAGCCUAACCCUAAUUAUGGCUCUGGUAUACAGCCUAACCCUGGCUAUGGCUCUGGCUCUGGUAUACAGCCUAACCCUGGUUAUGGCCCUGGUAUACAGCCUAACCCUGGUUAUGGCCCUGGUAUACAGCCUAACCCUGGUUAUGGCCCUGGUAUACUUCCUAGCGCUGGUUAUGGAUCGGGGGCACAAUCCUUCGCCCCUUCUGUACAGCCCAACAUCGGCCUUGGGCAACAGCCUUCCAAUCAGCAAGGUUUCAAUACUACAGGAUUUAACAACUUGCAACAAAAUAAAUCGGUAA